CCAGAAGUCCCGCCCCUGCCUCCCUGAGCCACAGGAAGCGCCUCUGUCCCGGGCCGUCAUUGGCCGAGCGCGGGCCACGUGCUCGAUGCACAGACUUCUGGGUAAUGUAGUUUCCAUGCGAUGUCCAACGACCUGAGGGAUACCUUAACCAGCCUGUCUCCCUUGGGAUGAAAGGUGCGCCAGGACCGGAGCGCCGCUCCGUAUCCGGCUCAUCUCGGUGUUCACUACGGGGAGAGCGGGGACCGAGGAGCAACGGCGACACCAUCCAAAAGCCUCACUACUCAAAAUCAAGAGAGAGAAACUGAAAACAAAGCAAGAUGUGGUUACAGCUGGACUUGUACAGCUCCAGAUAUCAACUCCCCAGCAAUGAGAAAGUCACUGACGGCUAAAUGACAAAUUUGCAAAACCCUGUACAAGCUUCCUCGUAGCCCAAAGGAUUUAAACCCCGAGACAGCUUCCUUUACUCCAUUGGAGGCCCGUUCCUCACGGGAGGGCUUUGUCUUUCUUCGAUAAACUUUGCUUCUGUGCCUGCCCUUCCUUGUCCAUGCUCUUCAUUCUCCGUGGUCGUGAGACAAGAACCAAAGAGAUCAGAACCACAGGCACCUGCAUCCUUUUCCACAGAUUCCUGCCAUGUUACCAACAUGAUCAGAAAAGCAACCAUGAGUGUGUCCUCUGUUCUUUCCACAGAGAAGCUAUCAAAAAAUUAUAGGCGCAGUCGCACAAGAUUCACAGAAGAACAACUGAAAAUCCUCAUCAAUGCCUUCAACCAAAAACCAUACCCUGGCUAUGCUACCAAACAAAAACUUGCUUCCGAAAUCAACACUGAAGAGUCAAGAAUCCAGGUUUGGUUUCAGAAUCGAAGAGCACGACAUCGAUUCCAGAAAACACCAGAGCUUAAGGAAGCUUUAGAAUCAAGCCAAGGCCAUGGAGAAGACUGUCCUCAAGAAGAGAUUCAAAACCCAUCCUCUCUAGAUCCUUCUACUGUACAAAGAGAAUCCAGACGGUGUCGUACCAACUACAGCUCCUCUCAACUGCACACCCUCAUCAAGGCAUUUAUGAGCAACCCUUACCCAGGAAUUGAUUCCAGAGAACAACUUGCCAAAGAAAUUGGGGUUCCUGAGUCAAGAAUCCAAAUUUGGUUUCAAAACCGGAGAAAUAGAUUCAAUAUCCAGAGAAAAAGGAAAUCUAAUGAGCUCUUAGAACAAGACCCAGGGGAAGAACACUGAGACUGCUUCAAGUCUUUCAAGAAAUCUACCUUUUCACUGAGAGUUCAAGAUAAACCUUCAAGAAACAGUAAACAGGACUUCAGGAGGCAAAUACAAGAGAAACUACACAGUCUGACUGACCCAUCCUGGUUUCAGAAUUCACCAGACAUCGAGACAAUGCAAAUGAAUCUAAUAGGAGCCAGUGUUGUGAUGCCAGAGUAAAGCCACACUGCUAUGCCAGCAUUCCAUAGUUCACCGGUUCAAGUCCCAGCCUCUCCUCUUCAGAUCCAGCUCCCUGCUAACGUUCCUAAGAAAGCAGCAGAGGAUGGCCCAAGGGCUUGGGCCCUUGCUUUCCAUAUGCAAGACCUGGAUAGUUUCAGGCUCCUGGCUUCAGCCUGGCCCAGUUCUGGCCAUUGCAGCCAUUUGGAGAGUGAAAAAGCAGAUGGAGGAUCUCUUUUUUUCUCUGUGUCUCUACCUCUCUAAUGCUAAUAAAUAAAUCUUCUUAAAAAUGAAAAUAAAUCUAGUAAUUUUUUCAAUCAUCACAAUAAUUAUUGAUGCAGGCAAAAAGCAUAGAUUGAUAUUUAAAAAUCUUAAAGUUUGGCCUAAUAAGCUAAGCCUCUGCCUGUGGCACCAGCAUCCCACAUAGGCUCCAGUUCGUGUCUCGGCUGCUUCUCUUCUGAUCCAGUUCUCUGCUAUGGCCUAGGAAAGCAGUAGAAGAUGGCCCAAGUCCUUGGGCCCCUGCAAUCAUGUGGAAGACCCAGAAGCUUCUGGCUCCUGGCUUUGGAUUGGCACAGCUCUGGCCACUGUAGUCAUUUGGGGAGUGAACCAGUGGAUGGAAGACCUUUAUCUCUGUCUCUCCUUCUGUCUGUAACUAUCUCUCAAAUAAAUAAAUAAAAAUCUUUUUAAAAAAUCUUAA